AGCCCAGGGCGUCCGGGCAUCUCAGCAGUUGCUCUGAAGGCCCCGGGUGUUUAUCUCCCCUCAGGCAGCUGACCUGCCUCCCGUUUCUUGAGCAGAGCAGUGGAAUUUGGUGGAAGAGACCCAGACCUCCGGCCACCCAGAUUAGAGAGUUUUGUGCUGAGGUCCCUAUAUGGUUGUGUUAGCCUGAACGCCAGGCCCAAGUCUGUCUUUGUUCCUUGUUUGGGAAGCAAAGGGGAGGGAAGCAGGCCAAGGGGCUAUAUAACCCUUCAGUGUUCAGCUUCCCUGAACACCACCCAGAGCGGAGAAGCCCAGCUGAGCGCUGUCAGGGACCCUGUGAAGCAGCUCCAGCCGAGAUGUGCGAAGAAGAAGACAGCACUGCCCUCGUGUGUGACAACGGUUCUGGGCUCUGUAAGGCCGGCUUUGCUGGGGACGAUGCUCCCCGUGCCGUUUUCCCAUCCAUUGUGGGGCGCCCCAGGCAUCAGGGAGUAAUGGUGGGCAUGGGACAAAAGGACAGCUACGUGGGGGACGAAGCACAGAGCAAAAGAGGAAUCCUGACCUUGAAGUACCCGAUAGAACAUGGCAUCAUCACCAACUGGGACGAUAUGGAAAAGAUAUGGCACCACUCUUUCUACAACGAGCUUCGUGUCGCCCCCGAAGAGCAUCCAACUCUGCUCACCGAGGCGCCCCUGAACCCCAAGGCCAACCGGGAGAAAAUGACCCAGAUUAUGUUUGAGACGUUCAAUGUCCCGGCCAUGUAUGUGGCUAUUCAGGCGGUGCUGUCCCUCUACGCCUCUGGACGUACCACUGGCAUUGUGCUGGACUCGGGAGACGGGGUCACCCACAACGUGCCCAUCUACGAGGGCUACGCCCUGCCCCACGCCAUCAUGCGUCUGGACCUGGCCGGCCGCGACCUCACCGACUACCUCAUGAAGAUCCUGACCGAGCGCGGCUACUCCUUCGUGACCACCGCCGAGCGUGAGAUUGUCCGGGACAUCAAGGAGAAGCUGUGCUAUGUAGCUCUAGACUUUGAAAAUGAGAUGGCCACAGCCGCGUCCUCCUCCUCCCUUGAGAAGAGCUACGAGCUGCCCGACGGGCAGGUGAUCACCAUCGGGAACGAGCGCUUCCGCUGCCCAGAGACCCUGUUCCAGCCGUCCUUCAUCGGGAUGGAGUCUGCCGGCAUCCACGAAACCACCUACAACAGCAUCAUGAAGUGCGACAUUGACAUCAGGAAGGACCUGUAUGCCAACAACGUCCUCUCCGGGGGCACCACCAUGUACCCGGGCAUCGCCGACCGCAUGCAGAAGGAGAUCACCGCCCUGGCGCCCAGCACCAUGAAGAUCAAGAUCAUUGCCCCUCCGGAGCGCAAAUACUCUGUCUGGAUCGGGGGUUCCAUCCUGGCCUCUCUGUCCACCUUCCAGCAGAUGUGGAUCAGCAAACAGGAAUACGACGAGGCCGGGCCAUCCAUCGUCCACCGCAAAUGCUUCUAAAACACUUCCUUGCUCUCUUGUCUGUCUCUGGCACACAACUGUGAAUGUUUUGUGGAGUAACGCCUUCGAUUCUUUUCCAAAUCAUUCCUAGCCAAAGCUCUGACUUGUUACCUACGUGUUUUUUAAUAAAUCUGAAAUACGUUACUGGUAA